CAGUCGCGCUUUCCUUGUGACGUUCCGCCGCAAUCCGCGCAAUCCGCUCUCCGAUCUGGCGGGUACGCUGUUUGGGCGCUGGACGCUGCUGGCUGGGCCUGCCGGGCGGAAGGCACCGUUUUGGCGCUUCCUCCACGCGAGCCACGCCGCGUCGGAUGCUGUGCGUUGAGUGCUGAGCGGCAUCAUUCCGUCUCGCUCGCAUGGCCCGAGCGCGAUGCCGCCAGGCCACGGCGCGGAGCGUGGCCAGGACUGCUGUCCCGUUCUUCCUGGUCCUCGGCCUCGCCGUCGUCGCGGUGACCGCGCAGAAGAAGCCCAAGCCCAAACCGCUCCUGAGCCUGUACCGUAGCAAGCUCGUCCCAAAGAUGUACAACCUGGAGACCUGCGCGGACAAGGCUAACUCAUUCCGCAUCGCGAACUUGUCCGUUGGAUUGGGCCGUUUCGGGGGCGAGGUCUACGACCUGGACUUGCACGUGCUGCGGACAGCCCAGCAAAUAUCACAGGUGAAGCUGGCUGUGCAGCGCUGCACCGGCGCCGUUUCCCCCGCCAUGUGCGAGAAAUUCAACACCUGGAUCUUCACCAACUCCAUCUGCGACAUGAUGGUGGCCAAGCACAUGGCGUGGAGCCCAAUGAUGCAGUUCAUCAACCCCCCGUUCAAAUGUCCCAUGGAAGCCGCGUCCGCCCCCGGGAGCUUGGGAUCGUUCAGCGUCCUCUCCUACACUUCCCACACCUACCCCUUCAUCGGCUCCAACUUGAACAACACGGACACCGGCGCCGGAACCGGAACCGGCAGGCUCUCCAGGCUGUGGUCCUGGUGCCGCAACGCCUUCCUCUCCUGCUUCAGGUCCCUCCGCCGCCGCAGAACAGAGGAGGCUCCCAUGCUGAUGGUGCGGCCGGCCUCGCCGUCUCUUCGCUCCAGCUGGCGUCUGAGUCCGGAGAGUGGCUGUGUUUACCCUGGCGAUGGCGAGUGAGUCCGGAAGGUAUCUUGUACAGUGAGGGUGCGCCCUGCGCCCGACGGCAGAUUCUUAUGCCAAAAGUGUACUUUAUAUAUAGCCAAGUAUACUUUUGGCUACAUAUUUAUAUAUGUAUAUAGUAUAUAGCACUCACCGUUCGGUGAUUCUAAAUUCAUCAAAAAGUUAUUGUGGUUAUUUAGUCGCUGUUUUGCGUCGUAAAAGAAAAAAAUUAUCUCGUGAAAUUGUAACUUAUUAUUAUUCAAAGGUAUGUAGCGUCGUUUACUGAGGACGCGGCCAAAAAUUUACUAUCUGUAUUUCUUGCAUCAUAUUAUCUUGAAGAGUGAUUCCAUCCGGGGAAGCCGAAACAAUGCAUAGGCCAAAAUGAUCUGGCAGGCGCUGGCAGGUGUGUGUGUGUGGGGGGGGGGGCAUGGACACGUAAUCCUGAUCGAGGGACUCAGAUACUAUGCCUUGUCCAGGCUUUAUUGAAUUCUAAUUUCACUUCAGAAGCUAUUUGUUAAACGCUUAGCCUAUUUUAAAAAAAAACAAAUUAGUAAUGAACGGGCUUGCAUCUCAACCAUCUUAUUCAGCGUAGGAGCC